AAACAAACAUAUGGUGUUACAUGAAUUAAUAUGCUAAUAAUGAAACCCAUGCGAAUAAUGAUGGUAUGAUAAACCGCUAGUAGAUGCAGCAGCCAUGGCCACCACCUUGAGGAGGCAGAGAAGAAGUAGCUAGUAUAUGACCAAGUCGGGAAAGAUUCAAGGAGCAAUGGGUUUGGGGAGGUCAGGGAGAUGGGGCAAUUCUGGUACUUUUGGGAAUUCAGGUUUUGGAAUCUCUGGCACUUUAGGCAGCUGUGGCACUUGAGGUUUUGGGAAAGCUGGGACCUCGGGUUUCGGAAAUUCUGGAACUUGGGGUUUUGGAAUAUCAGGCUUUGGCAAUUCAGGAACUUGAGGCUUAGGGAUUUCAGGUUUUGGAAGCUCUGGAACUUGGGGCUUAGGAAUUUCAGGUUUUGGCAGUGCUGGAACUUGGGGCUUUGGCAGCUCUGGAGUUUCAAGCUUGGGAAAUUCUGGAACAACUGGCUUAGGGAGGUGAGGUUUUGGCAAUUCUGGAAUUUGAGGCUUAGGAAGCUUUGGGAGGUCAGGUUUUGGCAAUUCUGGAACUACAGGCUUGGGGAUUUCGGGUUUGGGCAAUUCUGGAACCUCAGGUUUGGG